ACCCCACGAGAGCCCAGCUCUCACAACAGAGCAGGCUGAGCGAAUUAAACACAGCAACAAGGGAGACCAGAACCCCGUCCUUCCCCCCAGCAAAGCCUCUAGAUUAUGCUCUAAAUCUAGCACCUAUUUGCUCUCCAAGCAGGGAUUAAUCACCCCCUCCCCCAGCUCAGCUGUGUUUCUGUUUGCUGUGCUGCUUCCCCUGUUACUUUACUGAGCUGAGCACAAGCUGGGGUCUGAGGCUGAGUGUGCAGCCAUGAUGAGACGCAGUGAGAGCAGAGAGCAAGCAGGCCUGGGGAAUGCUAAGAGAACUGAACCCUGUCAGAGAGUGGUCUGGAGCCUUCGUUAUUUUCCAUUUCUCUGCUGAGAACCCAGUCUGGCCAGAGGAAGAAGCAAGGAAACACCUGGAGAGGUUUCUGCUCAGUACCUGAAGAAUCCAUGAACAAACAGAAGCAGCAUCAUACAAAAUACAUUGAACUGCAGGGAACAGCCUCAGAAAGACAUGAUGAGGAUGGUAUCAGAGGGGUAGCCGUGUUAGUCUGGAUCUGUAAAAGCAGCAAAGAGUCCUGUAGCACCUUAUAGACUAACAGACGUUUUGGAGCAUGAGCUUUCAUGGGUGAAUAACCACUUUGUCGGAUGAUGAGGAUGGUUUCCAGGGCUGUGAUAAUGGGCCAGGCUGCAGGACCUGGUGAAAUCUGAAACCAAAGAAGAACCUAGGAGAUAAAUCCACUCCUGGUGAAAGAAGACCCAGCACCCUCGCCGAUAUUAGACUAUGGAGACUAUAUGAGGUGGGGAGAGACUCCCAGAGCAGAAUCUUCAUAAUGCAGCCCCUGCUAGACAGGAACCCUAUGUGUCUGUACAGCUCCUAGCACAAUGGGGCCCUGACCAGGUUAAGGCCCCUAGGUGCUAUCACAGUAUCAGUGUUAAAUACUAAUACUAGAAAUACCUUUCCUGGGCCAUAAGCUGGAGGGGAAGGAAGAUGCUCAAAGCCCCGCAGAGCCCUGACCCGGACGACAGGCCGUACAAGUGCACCGAGUGCGAGAAGUGCUUCCGGCAGAAGAAGAUCCUCAAAGCGCACCAGAGCAUCCACACCGGAGAGAAACCGCACACGUGCGCCGAGUGCGGAAAGAGCUUCCGGCAGAAGAACAACCUCCGGAAGCACCAGUGGAUCCACACCGGCCAGACACCCCACCAGUGCGCCGAGUGCGGGAAGCGCUUCAGCGAGAAGCAGCGCCUGCGGAAGCACCAGAAGACGCACACGGGGGAGACGCCGUAUGCCUGCGCCGAGUGCGGCACGCGCUUCAGCCACAAGCAUAACCUGAAAACUCACCAGCGGGUGCACACCGGCGAGACGCCCUACAAGUGCCCCGAGUGCGAGAAAGGCUUCAAGCAGCAGAACCACCUCAUCAGCCACCUGCGCACCCACCGGGAGGCGAAGCUCCACAGGUGCACCCAGUGUGACAGGUUCUUCAGGAAGAAGGCCAACCUGCUGAAGCACCAGGAGAGCCACGCGGGGGACAGGCCCUACCACUGCAAGGACUGCGGGAAGACCUUCAAGCAGAACAACCACCUGGUGAGUCACCAGAGGACCCACGCCGCAGGCAGCCUCUACAUAUGCACUGAGUGUGGGAAGAGCUACAGCCAGUGGGCGCAUCUCACCGCUCACGAGCGGGCCCACGCCGGGGAGGGCCGGCUGACCUGCAGCGAGUGCCGGUGAGGGCUGCGCACACACAGUCUCAGAACACACGGAGGAGAGGCCAUCAGUAGGACUGAGCGUGGUACAGCUUCAUGGAGCAGAUGACUAAGAAAAGACCCGGAAAAUCAACACUUCACCCAUUUAGAUGAGAUGCUUUUGUUCUGAGUUCGUACAAUGCCCACCACAGUGAGCUCUGGUCCAUAGCUAGGGUCAUAGGCACUGCGGUAAUACAAAUAAUAAAUCAUAAUAUACACAGCGGUGAAUAGGAAAGCUUCACUGUGAAACCAAUAGGAUGGUACGUGGCAGAGAAUCAUCCACGCAGGAGAGGGACUCUAUAGGUGUGAUAAUUACUAGACAAUUUCAGCAAUAAAUCUAAUCUUAGUAGGACAGAUGACUCUCCAGAGGAGAGAUGCUAUGUGCAUUAUGUGGAAAUCAGAGUAGCAAGAAGUGUGCUGUUAGACUAGAUCCAUGGAGUUGGACAGAGUGUCACUAAUGAGGCCUCUGUGCCCCUGCAGAUUGCUGGCAGGGAGAAUGAGUAUUGUUUUGUUAAGUAUUUCUGCACAGUGCAUCAUGAGACAAGAUGGCUACAUGCGGCAUUGUAUGUAGUUACAUGAUGGUCAUUUUGUUAUUGUCAGAAUAACCAUCAGGUUUACACACAAUUGUUGAUCGGUUUUCCAGUUAACAGCCUCUGUUUUCCUUUCUUGUUUAUUCAGGAGUUUCUUGGUUUGCCCCAGUAUGUUUCCAUUUGCAUGACUUUCCAGCCCAUCCUUUUAAAAUCACAGCGUCUGUUCCCCAUGGAUAAAGUUCUGCCUUCUGUUUUUCCCUCAAAGAUACUGAAUUCAAUUCCUUGUGGUGUCUGUUUUAUGGAAAAACAAGGGGAAUGAGUGAAAAUUGCAAACAUGAGAUUCUGCAGAGACCAACGUAUUAUGUGCCUAGUUCACCCCACUGGAACAUGGAUCAGUGCUGCACAGGUCGAGAUCCAAUCAGGGAAUUCUUGUUAUCCAGAAGUCUGGGCUUCUGGUGAGACAUGGUCUAUGAUGGACACAGCUAUGACAUGAUGUGGCUUCUCCUGUCUUUCUAGGCCCUGAUCCCGGGAACAUGCUCAUGUUUAACCUUCAGCACAUGAGCUGCCCCUUUGAAGUCAGUGGGACGAUUCACCGGCUUAAAGCCAAGCACUUGUGUAAGUGUUUGAAGGAUCAGGGCUCUAAUUUGUAAAUAUAUUUUUUCCUUUCUGAGACUAGAAGCCAAAUUUGAGCCUGGGAAGGGGAACAGAAACAAAGGGGUGAAUUUUUAACUGUCCUAGCAAAGAACAGGGUGAACAAUAGUUGGAGGUGAGUCAUUUAAACUCAAGGGCUAUUAAAGGGCUCAUUGAGCUGUAGCUAUUGCAGAACAAUCCCAGCAUCAGAGAAAAGAUUAAUCAAUUUUUAGGGCAAUAGGGACCAUUCAACCAUCCAGUUGCUGAGAGAAUUUCACCCAGUUACCCUUGUCCUGAGCCCACGCAUGUUUUCAAGGAAGACAGACCAUCCUGAUUUGAAGUAUCAAAGAAUAGUGAAACCACCACUUCUCUGGGUAACUUGUUCUAGUGUUAAAAAUUUGUGUCUCAUUUCUCAUUUGAAUUUGUCUGGCCUCUGCUUCCAGCCAUUAGUUCUUGUGACGACUUUCUCUGUUGGAUUAAAGAGCCCACUAGUACCCGGUAUUUUCUCCCCAGUAAGGUAUUUCCAGGCUGUAACCACGUCAGCUGUCCGUCUUCUUUGUGAUAAAUUAAACAGACUGAGCUCCUUAACGCUCUUGUGAGAAGGCAUUUUCUCCAGCUCCUGAGAACCAUUUUUAUGGUUCGUUUCUGCACCAUCUCCAAUCCUUUUUAAAAUGUCAGUACCAAAAUUGGACACACUAUUCCAGCACCGGUCUCACCGAUGCUGUGAACAGAGGUAAAAAUUACCUCUCGACUUCUACUCACUGCUCCCCUGUUUAUCGAAGGAUCACAAUCAUCCCUUUUGUUUGCCACAGCA